AUGGAUUCUUUACCGAAAAAAAGACAAUUUAUAAUUCCAGAAAUUAGUUGCUUUCUUCCAGAUGAAGACGUACCUUUGCGAGCCAAUAAAACUGUGGAUAUUCUUGAGGUGGUGAACUUAGCAGUCCGUACACUUGACCAAAAGACAAUUGCAUUAGGAUCAACUCGUGCAUAUAAAAAUUCAAACAAUUUGCGAGUUGAUUCUAAAUUUAAUGAGAAAGUUCCCAGAGAAAGUGUUUAUGACACCGAAAUGUAUCGGAUUUUAUUAAAUUGGCUUGCAAAGGUACACAAUUUUGAAAUUACAAGCCAGUGGCAUCUCGAGCAAAUUUGUGAAGAUGGAGACUACCAUCACCUUUAUUGCGAUCUUACAAUAAAGAAAAGUGACGACCCCUAUCCUGUAGCUGUUCUCGAACUCUUGGCAACAGCAUCCCCGCCACAACUGGAGAAACAUUUCGAACAGGUUUUUAAAUAUGCUGAAAAAUUUUGCCCUCUAGAAGUUUGGAUUGUGCACUUUUCUCGCGAGGAUACUAUUGUAACUGACCCAUAUUGGCCUUGCAGUAAGCUACAGGAUAGGGGACUUAAUGUCGUCCAUUUCUGGCACAAUAAAGAAUUUACAAAUGUUCGAAUGAGUUCCCGAUCGCUAAAUGCCACUGGUAAUUUUUCCGAAACAAUAGACGAACAAAUCAUCCCUUAA